AUGCUCUCCGCAUUCACAGCUCGACCCAUCAUCGAGCUCAGAGCCCGUGACAAGUCCAAGAUCGAAACUAUCUUGGCUGAUGGCGACCGGGUCUUUGUAGGCUUGAAUACAGGCUCCCUUCGAAUUUACCGUGUCAACGAGCUUCACCCCGAGAAAUCGACAAAUGGCUCUUCCCAGCCUUCGGCCUCCGCCGGCCGAUCGCCGAGGAACUCGACCGACCAGCCGCCGUCGCAAACAAACCAGAAACCGACAGAUCUCCUACGAGAGGUUGAGAAAUUCUCCACGAGAGCUAUCGAGCAGCUUGCGGUCAUAAAAGAAGCCAACACCCUCGUCUCCCUCUCCAAUUACCACGUCUCUUUUCACGACUUCCAAACCUACGAGCUCGUCGAAACUUUGGCCCGCACGAGAAAUGCCUCUUGCUUUGCCGUGACCUCCAAUAUCAUCAAGGACCCUGCCACGGGCAUCCCCGAAAUUAUAAGUCGCUUGGCUGUUGCUGUGAAGCGUAAGCUCCUCUUGUGGAGCUGGCAUGAGAGCGAGCUACACCCGGACGUCACCGAAGUCUCCUUGACCGAGACGAUCCGGUCACUGACCUGGGCGAACGCGACUAAAGUUUUCGGGCGUAGGGGCUCGGCUGGUGCGCAAGGCGGCCGCUUCGGCGCCGUGACCACAUCCGGUAUGGGCUACAUGGGUCUCGGUGGCUAUAUCCCUAAACCACUCUCCGCAAGGCUCGCCGAGGGCGAGCUCCUACUGGCCAAGGACAUCAAUACCCAGUUCAUCAACGACGAGGGACAGCCGCUGGAGAAGAACCAAAUACCGUGGCAGACGGCGCCUGAAGCUAUCGGCUACUCUUACCCCUGCACCCCCACCCCCAUGCUGAGCCUUGCCCAAGGGAAGGGCUUCCAUGCCUCAAGUGAGCGAUGUGUAUGGAAAAUGGGGGCUACUGAUUACGAUUCGCAAAUCAAGCAGCUUGUUGAGGCGGCCGGCUACGACGAAGCCAUAAGCAUAUUAGAUAUGCUCGAGGAUGCACUUUUGAGGAACAAAGCUGAGUCGCUCCGCGAAACGAAGAUGCUCAAGGCGGAGAAGCUCUUUAGGCAGAAACAAUAUCGAAAGUCGUUGGACCUCUUUAAUGAUGAGGACGUGCAUGCUCCGCCUGAGCGUGUCCUACGACUAAGCUGUCGAUGGCACGAAUGGUACGGAGCCGACAACGCCGGAACCCAGCACACCCUAUGCGUCCUCUCCAGCCAGGGGCGCUGCUGCCGGGGAGGUGGCUUCGUCUCCAUGUUCAUGGGUGGGCGGAGACAAACAAUCACCGACGACGCAUCUACGAAGUCGCCCAGGAAAGAGAGCACGGAUAGCGAUGACGCCGCCAGCAUAAAACCCAAGCCUUCACCGGAUGGGUUCCUCGAGGGCCAGGAUCUCACCAAGGCUGUAUUGGAGCUCAAUAGCUAUCUUGCUGGGACCCGCGCCCGACUGCAGCGUGUCAUUGACCCUGCAACGGGCAAGCUUAAGCCUCGAUCGUCCAAGGACAAGACUGCAGAGGAGACCUUGAAGGCUCUUUUGUCGUCUGCCCAUGACGAAUCUGAUCUUGAGCUGGAAAAGCAGCUGCGGGAGACGUUUACGCUCGUGGAUACGACCUUGUUCCGGGCAUACAUGUUUUCUCGACCCACGCUUGCGGGCUCCUUGUUCCGCAUCCCCAAUUUUUGCGACCCGGAAGUUGUGAAUGAAAAACUUGUGGAGCACAACCGCUUCACCGAGCUUGUUGACUUUUUCUACGGGAAGAAGCUGCACGCGAAGGCGCUAGAACUCCUCCACAGGUUUGGCGCCGCAGAGGGACCGGACGAGGCGGCACCUGCUCUCCAUGGGCCCCAGCGAACGAUUUCUUACCUUCAAAACCUGCCGCCCUCGGAAAUCGACCUCGUGCUCAAGUACGCUGAAUGGGCUCUUCGUGCGAGCCCCGACCUCGCGAUGGAGAUCUUUGUUACCGAUACCGAAAACGCCGAGACGUUGCCGCGGGCUAGGGUGGUUAGCUUCCUUUCUGGCAUCGAUCCAUCUUUGGAGAUUCGUUACCUAGAGCACAUCAUCAUGGAGCUGGACGACAUGACGCCCGAGUUCCACAAUAGGCUUGUAGAGCUGCUUAUCCAGCACCUCAAGGAUAACGCGAGGGGCGAUGAAUGGGAUACUGUGAUGGAGAAAUUAAUCAAGUUUCUGCCCUCGAGCCGACAGUAUAGCUUGAGCAGAGCGUUUGGGUUGAUUCCACGGGAAGAUCCGUCAUUCUAUCAGGUACAAGCCGUCAUUCUAUUCCUUAUGGGCCAACACAAGCAAGCACUGGAAAUCUACGUGUUCAAGAUGCAAGAUUACGCCAAGGCGGAAGACAUGGUCAACGAAUCUCGCGUCGCUGCAGGGCUCCGUGCCACCGAAUACAUCACGAGCCAAGCGCACCUUCUUCUUGGCGAUGGUGUGCCCGGUGGCCAGGCCGGACGAAGCAGGCGAGUUGUGGUGACGGAAGAGAAGCUUUGUGGUGUGUGCCAUAAACGGCUGGGUGGGAGCGUGGUGUCGGUGUUGGCGGACAACACCGUCGUGCACUACGGUUGCGCGAAUAGAGCGGGCAUCCAGAGGCCCGAUGGUCCAAGGGCGGCGAGCUGGGGAAGGACGAUGUCAUAG